GUUUCCGGUUCCGGCAGUACCGGGAUCCCAGUCGAGAUGGAGGAAGAUGCGAACCGAGUCUGGCUGUCGCUGGGAACGGAGGGUAGUGCGGGGGCUGCGGUCUAGGAGUCCGGGGUUGGAGCUCUCAGACGCGGCUGAACCGCCGGGGUCUGAGAAGGUAAGCGAGCACGGUGCUAGGGUGCCUUAAGGGAUCAGAGGUACCUAAGGACCGACUUGUCGAGGAGACAGCGGAUGUCUGUUCUUCGGGGCUGCAUCGCCAUGGGAAGCUGCUCUGCAGUUUUGGCAUCGAAAGACAAGUCCGGCGAGGCAUCUCGUCCUGCCAGAGGAGCAUGAGAGGCUGACAACUAGAGAAGCAUGGCGAGGGGCAUGCCCGAGGACCCCCAAUUGGCCGUGCAAGAGCCGGAGCGAAGGUCUUCGGGCACAAUGGAGGACAAACGAAACAUCCAGAUCAUCGAGUGGGAACACCUGGACAAGAAGAAGUUCUAUGUGUUCGGCGUGGCGAUGACCAUGAUGAUCCGGGUCAGCGUGUACCCGUUCACCCUCAUCCGCACCCGGCUGCAGGUCCAGAAGGGCAGGAGCCUCUACCACGGGACCUUCGAUGCCUUUGUCAAGAUCCUGCGAGCCGAUGGGGUGGCUGGCCUCUACCGGGGGUUCCUGGUCAACACCUUCACGCUCAUCUCAGGCCAGUGCUACGUCACCACCUACGAGCUUACCCGGAAGUUUGUAGCUGACUACAGCCAGAGUAACACAGUCAAAUCCCUGGUAGCCGGUGGCUCCGCCUCCCUCGUGGCGCAGAGCAUCACGGUGCCCAUCGAUGUUGUCUCCCAGCACCUGAUGAUGCAGCGCAAGGGUGAGAAGAUGGGUCGCUUCCAAGUUCGUGGAAACCUAGAGGGACAAGGGCUCAUUGCCUUCGGCCAAACGAAAGACAUCAUCAGACAGAUCCUACGGGCUGACGGGCUUCGAGGCUUCUACCGAGGCUAUGUGGCCUCACUGCUAACAUACAUCCCAAACAGCGCUGUGUGGUGGCCCUUUUAUCACUUCUAUGCAGAGCGGCUGUCGUACCUGUGUCCUCAAGAGUGUCCUCACAUUGUCUUUCAAGCCAUCUCUGGGCCCCUGGCUGCAGCCACGGCCUCCAUCCUCACCAAUCCCAUGGAUGUCAUCAGAACCCGUGUGCAGGUUGAAGGCAAGAGCUCCAUCAUCCUGACCUUCAGACAGCUGAUGGCAGAGGAGGGACCGUGGGGCCUCAUGAAGGGCCUCUCAGCCCGAAUCAUCUCAGCCACACCCUCCACCAUCGUCAUCGUGGUGGGCUACGAGAGCCUCAAGAAGCUCAGCCUCCGACCCGAGCUGGUGGACUCAAGACACUGGUAGCGAGCGGUGGACAGAGAGCCUGUGGUUUCACACGUUAUUCUGGCCAGGGCAGAGCAGGGAGUAUAGUUCCCUUUGUGAAUGCCACC